CGCAGAUUUUAAUGUCAUGCAUUUCGUGACUCCUCAUAUCUUGCCAUAAGUAAGGAACCGCUCGCACCACGAUCAAAUCAAGUUUUUUUAUGAUGAAUUUCUCUAUUGCCAGACACCUUUGGCGAAGAUCUACAUUGCAGAAUCGCAGAGGGAUGAUUAAAGAUUCAUUCGAAAGUGCGACUCAGUUAAGAUUCUUGGGUGGAGCUUCACCUGGUGAUGUAGAUUCCUCGACAGCGGAGAAUGGUGUUUUGAGCCCUGAGCAAAAUAGACUGGAACAUGCAGAAUUUGAAAGUGCUAAAAAGACAAUUCAAACAAUGCUUGGAGAAAACAGACUAUUGGACACAGCAGACUAUGACUCAGAUAUGCCUGUAAGGAAUAUGGCGAAUCCUUAUGCCAAACCACACAGGAAAUGUAUUCUUUGUGAACACACUGUACAGUUAGACUAUAAGAACACACAGUUACUGAGCCAGUUCUUGUCAUCCUAUACUGGGAAUCUAUAUGGGCGUCAUAUCACAGGGUUAUGUAUCCCCAUGCAGCGCAGAGUUAGUUCUUUAGUCAACAGGGCCAGAUUCUUUGGUCUGAUGCCAUAUGUACACAAAGAUGUUGACUUCCUGGAAGACCCUACCCUGUACAACCCAUUCAGACCAAAGCGACAACCCAGUGAUGUGGACACUUACUGAAAUAUCUUAGAAUAAAUAGUUCUUCCACUAAGCCAUUUUUUUGCUCCAAAUGAGUGGUGAAUAAGACAGCCUUAGUAAAAAAAACAGAAUGGUCAACUACUAAAACUGGAUUGAUAUACAGUGUGGCAGAAUAGUUCUAAAACUAAAGAAUCUUCUAAAACUGGAUAUACAGUGAAGCAGAAUGGUGUUCUGCCAAAUCUUGAAAUUAAGUAUAAAAGAGAGACAUUUAAUACAUGUAUGGAAUAUUUAUUUAAUGUAUGUAAUGCCACUGAAAUGCAAAUAAAAUCAUUGCAAACUGAA